UCCUCCGAGUCAGAGAGGCCAGUACCGGCUCGGCAGCGGCUCGAGCGGUCGCGCCCGUUAGACAGCCUGGCCGAGCCUCGGCGAGACGGGUGGGCAGUCUAACGGUGUCUCUGGAGUGUGGGAGUGACCGCAUUGCGGUGGGCGGGGCCUGUGUUCCCGGCUGCGCUCCUCCCACAUUGACUCCCCUGGGAGUUCGCCUGGGAGCGGAGGAAGCAUCGGGGCUGCCCGUGCUGUGCGAGUCAGUGACGAGAACGGGGAUGCCGGGGCGCUGCCGUGCUGACUGGAGAAGAAGCUGGGGAGCGGAGGUCGCGGACACGGUGGGGGAUCGACAGCCCGGAGUUCAGGUCCUUGCCCCCCACUGGCCUCUCCCUGCUCAUCCGCCAUGUUAACGAGGAAAGCCUGUGCGGCUGCAGCGGUGCAUCCGACCGGCAGAGGAAGUGAAGGUACUAGUCAGUUGCAGCCAUCUCCUGCCUUACCCCGAUCCGCAGCUGGGACCGGACCGCCAUCUCCGGUAUCAUUGCCACCUUUAAGAACCAGCAACGCUACACACACGAUUGGAGGCAAUAAGCACACCAUGAAUGAACAUCUGCACAUUAGCAGCCAUGGACAGAUCCAGGUGCAGCAACUGUUUGAAGAGAACAGCAACAAAAGGACCGUCUUGACGACGCAACCCAACGGGCUCACAUCUGUUAGUAAAACUGGAUUACCUGUUGUUUCAGAAAGACACCUAGAAAGCACACACCGUAGGCAAGGAAGUUCUAGCUCUUUGAAAUCUUCAGAUGGGACAACCAAAGUAAAGUCCUCUUCGUUAACCCCAGAACAAGCCAUGAAGCAAUACAUGCAAAAGUUGACAGCCUUUGAGCACCAUGAAAUUUUCAACUAUCCAGAAAUUUAUUUUGUGGGUCCAAAUGCAAAGAAACGUCAAGGUGUGAUUGGUGGCUCAAAUAAUGGCGGCUAUGAUGAUGACCAGGGCUCAUAUAUGCAAGUGCCACAUGACCAUGUUGCUUAUCGUUACGAAGUUCUUAAGGUGAUUGGCAAAGGAAGCUUUGGGCAAGUUGUGAAGGCUUAUGAUCACAAGCUCCAUCAGCACGUGGCCUUAAAAAUGGUAAGGAACGAGAAACGUUUUCAUCGUCAAGCCGCCGAAGAAAUUCGCAUCCUAGAGCACCUAAAGAAGCAGGAUAAAGAUAACAAUAUGAAUGUCAUCCACAUGCUGGAGAACUUCACAUUCCGCAACCAUAUCUGCAUGACGUUUGAACUGCUAAGCAUGAACCUUUAUGAGCUCAUUAAGAAAAACAAAUUUCAGGGCUUUAGCCUGCCUUUAGUCCGCAAGUUUGCGCACUCAAUUUUACAGUGCUUGGAUGCUUUGCACAAAAACAGAAUAAUCCACUGUGACCUUAAACCUGAAAACAUUUUGCUGAAGCAACAGGGUAGAAGUGGCAUAAAAGUGAUAGAUUUUGGCUCAAGCUGUUAUGAGCAUCAGCGUGUGUACACGUACAUACAGUCACGUUUUUAUCGAGCUCCAGAGGUAAUACUUGGUGGUCGCUACGGCAUGCCUAUUGACAUGUGGAGCUUGGGUUGUAUUCUAGCAGAAUUGUUGACUGGUUAUCCACUCUUACCCGGUGAAGAUGAAGGAGAUCAGUUGGCAUGUAUGAUUGAACUACUGGGGAUGCCUUCCCAAAAACUGCUUGAUUCUUCAAAACGAGGCAAGAAUUUUGUCAGCUCCAAAGGUUAUCCUCGUUAUUGCACUGCUACAACUCUGCCAGAUGGAUCAGUGGUACUGAACGGUGGCCGUUCUCGAAGAGGAAAACUACGAGGCCCUCCUGGGAGUAGGGACUGGGUAACUGCAUUGAAAGGCUGUGACGAUCCCUUGUUUCUUGAUUUUCUAGCGCAAUGUUUAGAAUGGGAUCCUGCUUUGCGCAUGACUCCUAGCCAAGCGUUACGACAUCAUUGGCUACGUAGACGCUUGCCAAAGCCUCCGACCGGAGAGAAGACCUCCUCCAAAAGAAUAACUGAAAGCUCUGGUGCUAUAACAUCCAUUUCCAAGUUACCUCCCACAUCAGGCUCAGCUGCAAAACUAAGAACUAAUUUGGCCCAAAUGACCGAUGCCAAUGGAAAUAUUCAGCAAAGGACUGUGUUGCCAAAGCUUGUUAGCUGAUCUAAUGAAGACCUUUCUUUGAACACCUUGUUGAGCCUUAUUCAUUACAGCUCAAGUUCGUAAUCUUUUUAAUUGCUGUUUGUAUCAACUCUUUAUCUGUGCAGCCAUUUAUCUUUUCUUUUCUUUUUUUUUUUGUAAUAAUGAAAUUUUAUAUUUAAACAUUGGGGACGAUGCUUUAAGGUUUUAUUAUUUUUUUAUUUUAAGUAUAGGAUUUAUAAUUGGAUUUGCUUAGGAAGUGUCAAAGUCAGUGGCUGGCCACUGACUAUUGGUUGACUGUUGAACAUAACUUAUUGUCGGAAGGUUUAACCACCAUUCAUGCAUUUUUAAAGCAGUGGCUGAAGUACUACAACAAAUCUAGACAUAUUUUUGGACUUGAUGUGGAGACGCACAUUAUAGUAUGUAUACGUGGUGGUGCACAGUUGGCAUAAAGCUCACUUGUUGGGUAUGCAUAUUUUCCAGGUCUUUCAAUAAACAGAUGAGCAGCAAGUAACAGGUUAAGAGAAAGUGACCCACCUAAUACAUUAUAUAUAUAUAUAUAUAUAUAUAUAUAUAUAUAUAUAUAUAUAUAUAUAUAUAUAUUAUUAAU